AUGCCAACCGUCCCUGAGGCAACCGUCCCAACGCCAACCAUCCCCACGCCAACCGUCAUCGAGACAACAGUCCCCUCGCCAACCGUCCCCACGCCAACCGUCCCCGAGACAACUGCCCCCACGCCAACCGCUGUCCCUGGGACAACCGAGACAACUGUGCCCACGCCAACCGUCCUCGUGACAACAGUCCCUGACACAAUCGUCCCCACACUAACUGUCCCCAAGCCAACCGUCACCGAGACAACAAUCCCUGAGACAACCGUCCCCGAGACAACUGUCCCCACAACAACCACCGCCGAGACAAGUACAACGUUCCCCACGCCAACUGUCGCCGAGACAACUGUCGCCACAGCAACUGUCCCCGAGACAAACACCUCCACGCCAACUGUCAUCAACACAACCAACAUCAACACAACUGUCCCCCAGGCCAACCAUCCCCCUAGGCCGACCACCAGCAGCAGAACCGUCCCCAAGCCAACCUUCGCUGAGAAAACAAUCCCCACGGCAACCAUCCCCACGCCAGCUGUCGCUGAGACAACCAUCCCCAAGACAUCUGCAGCCAAGACAACCAUCACCCAGAUAUCUGCAGCCGAGACAACCAUCGCCGAGACAACCGUCAGCAACAGAACCAUCCCCACGCCAACCAUCACUAAGACAACAGUCCCCCCGCCAACCGUCCCCGAGACAACCAUUCCUGAGACAACCGUACCCAUGCCAACAAUCCCCCAGGCAACAGUCCCCAUGCCAACUGCCCCCACGCCAAGCGUCCUCAAAGCAACGAUGCCCAAAACAACCGUCCCCAAGACAACCAUCCCCACGCCAACCAACGCUAAGACAACUAUCCCAACGCCAACCGUCACUGAAACAACCGUUGCGGAGACAACAGUCCCCAUGCCAUCUGUCCCCACGCCAGCCAUCCCCGAGAAAACCGUCGCCAACACAACGGUCUCCACAGCAACCAUCCCUGAGAAAAUUGUCACCAACACAACCAUCCCCGUGCCAACCGUCGCUGAGACAACAGUCCCAACGCCAAUCGUCCCCACGCCUACCAUAUCCGAGACAACGGUCCCCAUGCCAACCAUCCUGACGCCAACCGUCGCAGAGACAACGGUCCCCAGGCCAACCGUCACAAAGAAAACCAUCGCCAACACAACGAUCUCCACGCCAACCCUCGCCAAGACAACCGUCCCCACACCAAUCGUCCCCGAGACACCUGACCCCACACCAACCAUCGCUGAAACAAUUGUUGUGGAUAUAACAGUCCCCACAUCAUUUGUCCACAUGCCAACUGUUGCCGAGACAACCGUCCCUGAGACAACAGCCAGCAAGAGAACCAUCCCCAAACCAACCACCACUGAGACAACGGUCCCCACGCCAACCGUCCCCGAGAAAACCCUUCCCAAGAUGACUGUCCCCGAGACAACAAUGCCCAAAGCAACCGUCCGCGAGACAACCGCCCCCUCGCCAACCAACACUGAGACAACUGUCCCAACGCCAACCAUCCCCACGCCAACCAUCACUGAAACAACCGUUGCUGAGAUAACGGUCCCCACGCCAUGCGUCCCCACACCAACCAUACCCGAGACAACCAUUGCUGACACAACCAACCCCACACCAACUGACGCCGAGACAACUGUCCCCAUGCCAACUAUCCCCAAACCAACCAUCCACACGAUCACCGUCCCCAAAACAACCGUCCCCACGCAAACUGCCGCCGAGACAACUGUCACCCAGGCAACCGUUGCCCAGACAACCAUCAGCAAGAGAACCGUCCCCACGCCAACCUUCCCCAUGCCAGCUGUCGCUGAGACAUCCAUCCCCGAAACAACCAUACCCACGCCAACCAUCCCUGAGACACCCAUCCCCAUGCCAACAGUCGCUGAAACAACCGUCCCCACGCCAACCGACCCCACGCCAACCAACGCUGAAACAACCGUUGCGGAAACAACGGUCCCCACGCCAUCUGUCCACACGCCAACCGUCAUCAAGAUAACUGUCCCCGAGACAACUGUCGACAAAAGAACCACCCACAAGCCAACUCUCCCCGAGGCCCCCCCGCCACCAACCCCCGAGACAACCGCCCCCACGCCAACCGUCCCCCAGACAACCGUCAGCAAGAGAACCGUCCCCAUGCCAACCUUCCCCAUGCCAGCUGUCGCUGAGUCAACCGUCCCCGAGACAAAAAUCCCCACACCAACAAUCCCCACCCCAACAGUUGCUGAAACAACCGUCCCCAGGCCAAACAUGCCCACGCCAACUAUCGCUGAAACAACCACCUCAAAGACAACCAUCAGCAAGAUAACCGUCCCCACGUCAACCGCUGCAAAACCGUUGCCAACACAACCAUACCCACACCAAACUUUGCUGAGAAAACCGUCGCUAACACAACUAUCCCCACGCCAACCGUUGCCGAGACAACGCUAUCCCCACACCAACCGUGUCCACGUCAACUGUCACUGA